GGAAGAUCCCCAACAAGAUGGAUAGAUCAAAUUACAGGAAUAUGCCAAAGACCUCUGCAUGAAUUAAAAGAAAUGACCAGAGACAGAGAUCUCUGGAGACGGACAAUACACGACAUCACGUCGACCACUACACUCCCCCUGGGGGGUCAGAUUGAAGAGAAAGAGAAGAGAGAUUCGGAAGAAAUUUUCAAAAACACAGUCAAUAAUAUCAAACCGGGAGUUAUCAUUAACGGGAAAUUAAUUAAUACUUACUUUUGUAAGUUUUUGUGUUUUCCUAGAGCUUUUGUUGCUGCUUCUUCAAUGUUGUUUUUAAUUUUCUCCCACCUCGCGUUUAUAUCUUCGAUGUCGUCUAUUUGUUUCAGAUGUAUCUUCUAUGCUAGCCUCCUUUGGUACAUUUUUCUUGUAGAGUCGUUGUACAGUGAUUUCACAUAGAUGACUGAAAGGUUAUAAUUGUGUAUAUUUUGGAAUUCAAUUACCUAUCGGAACAACUAAUAGCUAAUAAUAACCAUUUUAACCCAAAUUAUUAUUACAAAGAUUUUAUUUACUUUCCUUUUGCUUCUAAUUUUGUUAAUUUUUGCUUCACUAACUUGCUUUCUAAAACAAAAUUUACAAAAAUUGCAGCUUUUUUGUAAAAUAUUUUCACAUACACACAAACAGAACACACUUAAGCAUACCCAUACUUGAUACACUACUGCUACAUUCUAUUAUUAAAACAUUAAAUACUGUUUAAAUCCUCUUAUUAACCUGCUUAUCUAAUCUCUUACACCAAACCAAACUGCUCGGUGCAAGGGUUGAGAUACCGUUAACACAAUGGCCGUGGUAUGUCCGUUUUUUUUUCACGCUAGCAAAGACACCACCACUGCCAACGCUAUGUCCCAACACCGACAUCACCGUCAACCUGGGAGUCGAAUGGGAAGGUACCGAGGAGAAAGAAAACGAAGAACCGCAGCCCGAAGCACAAGCCAAGACCAAAUCAGUAGAGACCGGAAAAGUGUACACUUGUCAUGCAGAGGAUAGUUUCUGCUGCGUUAUAUCCAUGUACGAUGGCGUGGUGUUAUAUACGACUCCAAGCUUGACUACAGUUUUGGGGUUCCCCAAAGAUAUGUGGCUGGGCAGAUCCUUCAUCGAUUUCGUGCACCCCAAAGAUAGAGAAACUUUUUCUAGUCAAGUCACUAACGGAAUCGCCGUUCCCUUGGUGGAUUCCGAAGGAAAGUACAAAGAUUACAAAAAUUGCCUUUACGUAUGCCUUCGAAAAUAUAGAGGAUUAAAAUCGUCUGGGUUUGGUGUCAUAGAUAAAGCAGUCUCCUAUCAAGCGUUCCAGCUUACUGUGAAGUUUAAGCAUUUUACGGACGCUUCAGAAAUCAAAUAUUUAGAAAACAAUAGCGGUAUGUUCCUUGUUGUGAUUGCCGUUCCUGUAUAUUCUCCAUAUAAAGUUCCUGAAGAAAAGAGAUCGUCCCCGAAAUUCGGAAUGCGCCAUACUGCUGGUUGUAUCUUUAGCCAUGUAGAUCCGGAUGUUGUCACAAAUUUUGGAUUUUUGCCGCAAGACAUGCUGGGAAAAUCGAUUUUUGACUUCUAUCAUCCCGAAGAUAUGCCUUUAUUUAAAGAAACAUACGAGUCUGUGAUGAGAAUGUGCCAAAUAGCUGGAUCAGUAUUCCGUAGUAAGCCGUAUAGAUUUGCAGUACAAAAUGGAACUUUUGCAAAAGUAGAAACAGAAUGGUCUAGUUUUAUAAAUCCCUGGUCUAGAAGACUGGAAUUUGUUAUAGGAUUUCAUAGAGUGAUAGAAGGUCCUAUUAAUCCCGAUAUUUUUGAACCGCCCAAAAUUGAAAUUACUAAGAAUGUAUCAGAUGAAAUUAUUAAGGAAAGUAAAAUCAUACGAGCAGAGAUAAUGGUUUUAUUAAAUAAGGAAUUACCUCGUCCCAACGAGGCUGUCAAACACGAGGUCUCCAAACGUUGCAAAGACCUUGCAAACUUUAUGGAAUCUCUCAUGGACGAAGUGAAUAGAACAAAUUUAGAGUUAGAUUUACCGCAAGAGAUCGAUCCUACCAUCUCGGAGCGUGAUUCGGUUAUGCUGGGAGAAAUAUCUCCAUACCACGAUUACUGCGACAGUAAAUCCUCAUCCGAAACGCCUCCCAGCUACAAUCAACUGAAUUACAAUGAAAACCUACAAAGGUUUUUCCAAAGCAAGCCGAAAACCACUCUUUCCGAAGAGAGCAGUAAUGCUAUUCAGGCUGAAGCUGAUGUAGAUGUUAAAGUCCGGCAAGUGAACAAUCAGAAAUGUUUAUCUCCAAUACAAAAUAGUGGCACAUCUGGUAGUGGAAGCGCGGGGAACUUAAGUUCCGUUAGUAAUCCAAAUAUGGAGAGCGCUACGACCAAUACUAACACAUCUAACGGAGACUCAUAUAGGCCUCCGUUACUAACCGAAUCGCUAUUAGUGAGGCACAACGAAGAUAUGGAAAAAAUAAUGCUGAAGAAGCAUCGUGAAUACAGAUCAACGAUCAAAGAUAACAAGAAAAGUCAUCUGAAAGCAGAAAAAUGUAUAAUUGGUGAUAGGGCAGGUUUUGAUAAAAACGAGCUCUUUUUAGACGAAUACGCCCAUGGAAUUAAACGCAGUGGCACUCAUUCUCAAGAUGGAGACAACCACAAAAUAUCCAAACAUAAACACGUAAAUCCAGAAAUCAUAAACCAAAAAGAAGAAACGGUUGCACCCGCAGUCAAAGCAAUAAAUGUUCAAUCUCAAAUACCGCUCUCCAUGCACUGCACCGAGCAACCUGUUUACCAACCAACAUUAAAUGACGUCAACCUAUGGCCUCCAUUUUCUGUGACAGUAACCACGAUGCACAACACCCACACUAGCACAACCAACUCAGGUUUAGGGAGUCCCAGCGGUCCAGGAAACUAUGGGACCGGGAUGUUUCCCUUAUAUUACAUACCAACAACCCCUUCACGAACUAUACCUGGACAUUUCAGUGAUCCAGUUCUGCACGGAUCUCGCUAUCAAGUUCAAUAUAUGCCAGCCAGUAUGAUCUACAACUACAACAACGCCCUCUAUCCCACCUCUCCGUUCAUUUGCCCAACCGUUCCGGUCGUUCCUCUUCCAAUGGUUCCACCACAAUUGAACCCAAUCAAUCCAGCUGCCGACGUACGGCCCAUCAAUCCAUUACAGACGAUCAACAGUGUGGGAGUUACUAGCCAGGGAUGUGUGAAUGUUGUGUCCGAGCACAAACCCAACACGCCGAACACUCCUCAAACGGCUCAUACACCUCAAAUGCCGCAGCAGUUUCAAAGACCAGCUUCUCAAGCUACUUCCAUUAAAGCUGAACCUGGGAGUGUGAUGGGCUCUAUCGCUUCCGCUAGUCUUGCUAACAAAGUACCUCGUCCACCUGAAAUAAACGAACGACGUCCUUUUCAAAAUAAUAUCAACAGUAUUGACGAAUCCAGCAGUUGCUAUUCAUCAUCUUACUCCUCAUUUUUGAAAACUGACGCUGGUUCAGGCUCCAAUGACGAUUCUAAUGUUAUGGAUAACAAAUCUAAUAAAUGUGAUGAGAAUACGUGGAAAGGUAAAAAACUGCCCUAUACGGAAAAAAGAACCACCAUGGUUGGAAUCAGUCGAUGUAUCUCCCGAUUUAAUAUACAGGUAUCAAAUGGCCGUGAAAAACCUAGAAGAGAUUCUUGAAGCUGAUCUGAAUUGUCUUAAAGAAUUAUCACAGCCCGUUUUAGUCAAUGACCAAUUGAAUCAACUAUAUAUUGACAUGGAAUUAGAAGGACUGUCAAAAAAAUUAACGUUAGAAGAAGGCAUUACUUCAAGCAGUAGCAGUGAUGAGAAUUCUAUGAAUAUAACAAAGCCAAAGAAAAAGAGGAAAUCGUACAGUUCCCUAGUAAUGAUUUACGAAGAAAAUGCUCCCAUACCCUCACCAAUAGACCAAUUCAACUAAGUUAACUCCAUUCCCAUAAAUAUAUUUUUAUAACAGUUUGUAAAUUUAAGAAGACUAUUUAUUUAAAAAAAUCUGUGUCAGAUUUUUCUAUAGCAACUAUUUUUUACUCAUUUCAAAGACGACUGUUAUAUCUUUAGGUGUAUUUAAUGUUGUAACUUCCGAUGUUUUUUAAUUUUUUAUUCUACAGUAUUUAUAUUAAUUAUAGUAAAUAGAUUUUGAAAUAUUUAUAUAAAAUAGGCGUUUAUAUUUUUCAUGAAUGCAAUUAUUCAACAGAAUUUGAAUAAAUAUUUAGGAAUUUU